GUCAGUCUUUCGGACAUCGCCGCCGAUUAUGGUACUCGGCAUGCGGACGUCCCGUUGAAAGCCAGAGUUCUGCAGUAGUUCACUUACUUCUUUUGUCGCGUCAAGGCGGUGGACUCAUUGGCCAUAGUCACCGUACAUCAGCUCAGUGAGGAGACUGCUGGCUUUCUUGUUUUCGGAAAGUCUGAGAGAGGGCUCGACCCGCCGCCAAGAUGUCAGGCUCAAUGUUCGGAGGAAUUUCCAUUGCGGAUCGCUUGAAAGCCGCUGUGAACACGCUCGAACAAACCGGGUCAUCGCUGCAAGCUCAGGCCAGGGCGAUGAGCCAGCAGCAACAGCAGCAGCAGCAGGGCCAACAGGGUCAAGCAUCAGGAUCACAGUCUAGUGGAACGCCUCGACCUGAUUCACCCUCUGUCUCUACGAGUCAAGGCGGCUCCAAAGGCGUCGCAUGGCCUUUGACCUCUGGGCCUGGAGCUCCUGGUUCCCCUGCUCGGUCCACACCUGUCCCUGCUGGGAGUAGCUCGGUAGCCGCGGGGCCAAGUACUAAUAGUCCUAGUUCUGCUACGUCGCCGACUAGGGCUGGGACAUACAUCUCUCACGCUGCCGGAGACGCAUUUACAGGUCUCCGUAAAUCUUUACAUUUUGGAAGAAGCUCUAUCGAUUCAAGUCCUGUCCCUUCUUUUUCUUCACCGAACACUCAACAAGGUGGAUCAUCACCGGCUCAAGAACUCAAAGACAUACCUCAUGUCGAUCAUCAACCUCGCCCCACUACUCCUUCUAGACUCCUCGGCGCAUCAGCACCAUCUUUCACUCUAGGUUCCGGCCCCUCUUCACUAUCCAAUACUCGGUCUCAAUCUCCUCUCUCCCACGCUGCUCAGAUACCUCUCCCGAAAUUUCCACUACAUGCCCUUCAUACAGAAGCCGAUCUACCUCGUCCAGAUCCUUCUGAUCCCGCCACGUACCCUUUACCUCCUUCCCCGACUCUAUCACCUUUACUCUCUGUACCGCCGCUUUCUGCAGGAUUCAGCGAUCCACUGGGUGCUUCACCGAAUUUGGAUCCAGUGAUCAGUGUAGACGUACCAACCGUGGAGCUCGUCGCUGCCUCCAAGGAAUUGGAGAAUGAUGGUAUGGCUUCAACGGUGGAUAAACACUCAAGUCGCGGGGAGAGGAAAGUUAACGGGGACGUCGUGCCAAAUGGUAUCGGGCUCGGCGUCGACGGGGUAGAUCUGGCGGGUAUGGAGAAUGGCUCAGCCUCCGGCUCCAGUACUGCCGUCGAUGCCGCAAUACCAGAUCCGGCAAAGGAUCUCGAGACUGCUAAUAGUAGACUAAAAGAUCUCUCCUCCCAAUAUUCCACACUACACGCUCAAAUGACGGCCGCGGAUAAAGUCCUCAAAGACCUCACCCCGCUGGAAGGUGGUGUAGCCGAUCACGAAGCGUUAGAAGGCUGGGUGCGCAUGAUGAACGCCAAGGUGGUUAUGAUCACGGAAGAGAUGAAGAGAUUACAAGGGCAGAUUGCUCUUCAAGGCGCUCGAAUGGAGGAAAUUCGCGAUACACACCGUCUAGAAGGCACAUCUCAAGGCGAACUCAUUGCCAAACUCCGUACGCAACUCUCUACUGCCGAGUCCAAUCUCGCCGCAAGAGCUACCGAGUUAUUGAUGCUGUCCAACCUCAAGACCGAAUUGAGUAAAGCACAGACAUUAGCUAAAGAAGAGGAAGAGAAACGGACAAAGGCGAUCUCACUGCUGAAAACAGUGCGGAUGAAGCUUGUCAAGGUGGAAAAGGAAAAAGAGGAGAUCGAAAGAGAUCGAGCGGAGGAGAGAGCAGAGAGGAGCACAGCCAAGGACGAGUUGGAGAGAUUCAGAGCGGACAGGGAACGCGAAGUGACGGCGUUGAGGAGAGGCUUCGAGAAAGAAUUGACGAUUGCGAGGGAGAGACACGAAAAGGAUCUAGCGGCGAAACGUGCAGCCUGGGAGCUAGAGAUGAUCACGACAAAGGCGGCACACGCGAAGGAGCUCUCCGGCAAGACUAUCAAGGUCAAUGGUCUCGAAGCGAUUGUCAAGGAACUCAGCGCGACUAAGCAAGAUCAAUUCCAAGAGAUUCAAUCUCGUCAGGCGGAGGUUGAGAUGAGCCGAGCAGAGCUAGAAACCUUGCGUUCUCGAACGAAAGAUUUGGAAUUUCAACUGCGCGAGGUCAAUGAGCGAUGUGCCAUGUUGGAAGAUGCCUCGGGAUCUGGUGCCGGUCCUUCGGCCUCAAUGGACAACGCUCCGGGUCGAGGUCGAAAUCUGCGGGUUGCUUCGGAUUCUUUCGGUGGCCGAAGUGCUACACCAUCGCCCACGCGUGGCUCCCAAUCCACUUCUUCUGUCGACGUUCAGCGCCUCUUGGCCGAAGCAGAAGCUCGAUCGGAAACCAAGGUUGCUGAUCUACGAUCAAAGAUUCGAUCAUUGGAGAGUGAACGCAAUGAUAUAGAGGAAGAAUGGGCCAUCAAAUUGUCGGAGAGGGUUCGGGAAGUUGAACGGUUAAAACGUGUCAUUCAGGAGAAAGAUGGAGAGUACGCAGAGAGUCUCCAAACGACCAAGGGGAAGGAAAAGGUCAUUGAAGAAGGGAUCGAAGCGAGGAAAGCCUUAGAAAAGGAAAUCAGGGCAUUGAAAGCUCAGCUAGAGGAAUCAAGGGAAGAAGUGGAGGGUGCAUUGGAUGCAGAGCGCCUGGUCAAGGAAGAGCUUGCUGCUAUUCAAAGUCAAAUCGCCGACCUAAAAUCCCAAUUGGAAGAUUCGAAAUCAUAUGGAGUCAACCUCAAAGCGCAUAAUAAGACGCUCCGUGAAGAACUACGCAAAGUUCAAUCAUCCGUUCAAUUGUUAGAACGACAACGGAAUCCUGGCGUAGGAUACUGGAGCGCAUCUACAGCAAGUUCGAACGCAAGUUCGAGUUCACCUUUGACGCAUGGUCUUCCUGCGCCUCUGUCUCGCGGGAUGACUGAUGGAGCCGCUGGCGCAUCGACACCUUUGUCGAAAGACAAGGUGAGACCUAGCUUGGAGAGCUCCAGGUCGGAAAUCAGUAAAAGUACGACGACGGCGGCGGGUAUGAGUGGACACUCAGAUGGGGAUGCCUCAGCCGGCUCCAACUUAAAGGCCACAAAUGAUCCAAGAAAUCAAGAUGAAGAAGAGGUCAACUUGGAAUAUCUGCGUAAUGUCAUUCUUCAAUUCCUUGAACACAAGGAAAUGAGACCGAAUCUCGUACGCGUUUUAUCUGUCAUUCUUCGGUUCACACCGCAAGAAUUGCGUCGACUCAAUGCCAAGCUCUUGACGUGAGGCUUAGAAGCAUCUGCAUCAAUACAGCGCUCUGUCCAGCGCUUUGAGCGCAGCAUAGACAGCAUGCAUGCAUU